AUGUCAACAAGUCAAAGAAGUGAGAGUAUGAACAAAUUUUUUAAAGAUUAUUUGAAUUCUAGUACUCCAAUGAGUAUAUUUGUGGUGCAAUAUGAUAAGGCUAUUGACGCUAGAUAUGAUAAAGUAAGAGAGAAGGAUUACAAGACAAAACAUUCAAGGCCUAUCUUGAAAACUUUGUAUCCUAUGGAGGAUGAAGUGGCGAAGGAAUAUACAAGAAAGAUAUUUCAGAUUUUUCAAGAAGAACUAAUUCAAUCUCAAAAAUUUAUCUCUGAAAAGAUUGAGGUUAAGGACGGAAGAAACAUCUAUAAAGUGCAUCAACUUCAACGACAAAAGCCGACAUACAUCGUUAGUUUGGAUCUUGCAUUGAAAAGAGCUGUUUGUUCAUGCCACAAAUUUGAGUUCAUGGGAAUUCUAUGUAGACAUGUACUAAUGGUAUUUAUAAAGAAGCAAAUUCACUCACUUCCGACAUAUUAUUUAUUAGAUCGAUGGAGUAGAAAUGCAACCAAAGAAAGAGCUAAUGAUCCACCAAAUGAAACAAAAAAUUUGAAAUCUUCUACCUUAUGGUUUAAUAACAUUAUGAUACAUUCUAUUGGGCUAUCUGAACGAGCUACAAAGUCUGAAAAACAUUAUCAAUUUGCACAUCAAAGAUUAUUGCGAUUGUGUGAAGAACUUGAUGAACUUCCUUAUGAAUCAGAGGAAGAUUGUGUUGUAUCAGGUGGUCCAGGUAGUGAAAAAUAUUGUGAAAUAAUAUCAUGUGAACAAAGUCAAGAUACUACUCUGCUUGACCCUCCAGUAGCGGCAACUAAAGGGCGUCCAAGAUCUUUGAGAAUGAAAGGUGCUUUGGAAGUUACUCAAAAGACCAAAAAAGUUACUUCUCAGAAGCAAAAAAGGCAAACGAAAAGUAUGAAAUUUAAGAGGAAGGAAACAAGUUCAAAUUAUAAUGUCGAAGUCGAGCAGAAUGGUACAACAAUAUCUAACGAGGCUCAUUCAAUGCAGUUUCAACGAUAUCCAGAAUAUUAUCAAGGAUUUAUUGAGAACACUGAUUGUGCUUAUGCCACAUCAUUUACGGAGUUGAUGAAAGCAGCUUCAACUCCAUUCCAGCAACACCAUCCUAGUUAG